AUGAAGACUUUUGUCGUCCUCUGCCUCUGCCUCGCUGCGGCCAACGCUGGCCUGGCCCCCCUCAGGAAGGUGUCUCAGCACAUCCCCAACAGAUACAUCAUCAAGAUCAAGGAGGGCUCCAACUUGGACGAGUUUGUUGACCGCUUGGAGACCCGCACCAGGGGCCUGAACAUCCCAGUCGCUGUCUUGGCGAAAUUCCGCAAGGUCAUAAACGGCUUCGUGGCUAACAUCCCCGACAGUUUCAUCGAUUCUAUCCGUAGCUUCGAUGGCAUCGAGUACGUGGAAGAGGAUGGUGUUGUUAAGACACAGGCAGUCACCUGGGGUCUUGACCGUGUAGAUCAGCGCUACCUCCCGUUGGAUGGCUCCUUCAGACCCGCUGGUACCGGCGCUGGCGUGAACGUGUACGUUGUGGAUACUGGGGUCAACCCGUCUCACUGGGAGUUCGGCGGACGCGCCUCCGCCUGGUACGACGCUAUCGGUGGAUCGGGGACCGACUGUAACGGGCACGGCACCCACUGUGCCGGUACCGUGGGCAGCAGGAGCUACGGUGUGGCCACCAGCGCCAGCCUGUACGGUGUCCGUGUGCUCAGCUGUCUGGGAUUUGGCUCCAACAGUGGUGUUGUUGACGGUAUUGACCAGGUCGGUCUGAACGGUCAGCUGCCCGCCGUCGUCUCCAUGUCUCUCGGGGGUGGUGCCUCAACCGCUACCGAUAACGCCGUCCAGAACCUGAUCAACCUGGGCUUCACCGUGUCUGUGGCUGCCGGUAAUGAGAACGUCGAUGCCUGCAACUCCUCUCCCGCCAGAGUGGCUGACGCCAUCACCGUAGGUGCUACUGACAGCAGCGAUGCCCGGGCUUCCUUCUCCAACUACGGCAGCUGUGUAGACAUCUUCGCCCCCGGUGUGGACAUCACCUCUACCUGGCACACCUCCAACUGGGGCACCAACACCAUCAGUGGUACCUCCAUGGCUUGCCCUCAUGUCUCUGGUGCUGCCGCUGUCAUGCUCGGAAUGAACCCUUCAAUGAGCCCCUCCUACCUGAAGUACUCAAUGCUGGCCAGCUCCACCUCCAACGUUGUGUCUAACCCUGGCCUUGGCUCCCCCAACAAGAUGCUGUACAUUGGAAACUGA